GUCUAGAAUUGGUAUGUAGGUAGCUAACAAAUUGCGGUAUAGGUAAUCCAGUCCGGCACCGACAACCCAGAGAAUUAUAGAACUAGCCUACGAAGAGGAAAUUGAUGACUACUAUAAUGGUGUCGGCCUUCACAUUUAUCACACCCGUCUCGUCGUUAAUGGUAGCGCCUACUCCCUAUCGAUCCCCGUCCCCGCAUAUUCCAUCAAGCCUCUAUUCUUUAGGCCACUCUCUGAAAUCUAUGGUCGAGUCCCAGUACUUCUUCGUACGAAUAUCUUCCACAUUGAGUGGAAUCUGGGCUGUGGUUUCGUUACGAAUUAAAUAUAAUUGCUAAUAUUCCGGUUUCUCGCUAUGCUUGGAGGAAGUGCACCCUAAGCUCAGAGCCGGAAGUCGGUGGAAGUGUACUCUCAACUAUCGUAACCUCCUUUUUGGUCUUAUCUAUACAAGUUCCUAUACUUAUUACUCGCAAGCUCCCCUUCCACCCGGUCUAAUAUAUUCCACAAGAGCGUCGGUAUUGGUGGCCUGAACUACAUCUCAUAUUGUUCUCUCUGCCUAUACAGCUUAGAGCUUC